AUGGGAACCGCGGUUCUGUUUUACAUUGUUUACGAAAAGAAAUUAGUUAUCAUAUUACCUCAGACAGUAUUCCAAUGGUUUGGCUAUAGUAUUACAGCAACACAUUCAUUAUAUGUAACAAUUGCUAUUAUAUCAUUCUUUUGUUUUUUACUGGGUACUCGUCGUGUAUUAAAAUGGCCAAUAUUUUUAUUUAUAAUAUCAUUUGUUCUCGUUGAAUUAUUUCUUUACAUAUUAUUGCGAUAUUUUAUUCGUUUACUUGAAUCAAUAUUUAUUCGACCAUCAACAUUGAAUAAUGCUGAAAAUUAUGAAGAAUGGUAUGAAUAUGCUUUUGAAACUGAUAAAUUACAUGGAAGAGAAAUAUGGAAAGCAAGUUCUGAAUCAAAAUAUUAUAAUGAAAAUUUAACUCGAACAUUUACUGAUGAACUGAAAACUUUUCGAGAAUUGGGAGAUAUUGAAAAACUUAUAAAAUUAUUACAAAUAUGUAUUAAUAAAAGUAUGAAUGGAAUUCUUAAUGAACGUUUAUAUUCAAAAAGCUUAGUUGGAACAAAAUGUGUUAUAGAAGAAUACAUUGAAGAGAUUGUUACUAGUUUAAAGUAUCUAACGGAACAAGCUCAAUUACUCAAAGUCUACAAAACAUAUCCACCACACGUUUUAUCAUCACCAAUUGAUUAUCCUAUUACGGAUACAAAAGCUGAUGAAAUGUAUCAUAGUGUUACAACAAAUAAAUCUGAUGAUAUUUCGCCUUUAUGA